AUCUCGAGCGCGGUUCCUAAUGCGCCCCGCCCCUGAUCACGUGGGACCAAGUCCGCAGACUGUCUAUUGCUUCUGCCUGGGCCGACCUCUUGGAUCGACUGCUCCAGUCUGGCGCGUCCCCGGCGCGGGAAAAAUUUCAAUUCCGGCUAGCUGUCGCAGCGACCUCCUUACCCUUCACAACCCGGGCCUGCCUCCGCUUUCUCCUGCUUUUUACAUCCCGGACUCCUAGCCUCACACGAGUGGAAGCGGAGAAUUUGAAGCCGCCGCCGCCGCCAUGUCCGAGGCUUAUUUCCGAGUGGAGUCGGGUGCACUCGGGCCUGAGGAGAACUUUCUGUCGCUGGACGACAUCCUGAUGUCCCACGAGAAGCUCCCGGUUCGCACAGAGACCCCCAUGCCUCGCCUCGGGGCUUUCUUCCUGGAGCGGAGCGGAGGUGCCGAGACUGACCAUACGAUUCCUCAGGGCUCAAAGCUCGAACUCCCCCUGUGGCUGGCAAAGGGACUUUUUGACCACAAGCGGCGGAUCCUUUCUGUGGACCUUCCCAAGAUCUACCAGCAAGGUUGGAGGACCGUGUUCAGCGCCGAUGCCAACGUGGUGGACCUCCACAAACUGGGGCCGCAUUUCUAUGGGUUUGGUUCCCAACUCCUGCAUUUUGACAGUCCAGAGAAUGCAGACAUCUCCCAGUCUCUCCUGCAGACAUUCAUUGGACGUUUCCGCCGCAUUAUGGACUCCUCCCAGAACACUUACAAUGAAGACACUUCGGCAUUGGUAGCCAGGCUGGACGAGAUGGAGAGGGGCUUAUUUCAAACAGGGCAGAAAGGACUGAAUGACUUUCAGUGUUGGGAGAAGGGGCAGGCUUCUCAGAUCACAGCUUCCAACCUCGUUCAGAACUAUAAGAAGAGAAAAUUCACGGAUAUGGAAGACUGAAGGUCAGAAGAACACGGAAUUGCUCCUUGUGGAGUUACUGCUCUGUGUGUCCUUGAUAGAUCCUCGUUGACCUUGUAAAGGGCCAUGUCAUGGCUUAUUUCCCACAACAGUGUCGGGAGCGGUGCCAUCUGUUUGGGAAAGGAUGUGGUGCAGGAAGUCCCUGGCCUGUAUGGCUUAUAAGACUCUCCCACCCUGCUGACCCAUAGCCGGGGAGAAACCAAAGUCUUUUGUAAAAUACAGUUACCACAUGCAUCAUAAUACAAUUGGAACUGGGAUCCCUUAUAUCCGGGAGUGUGACACCCUCCGAUGUCCACUUUCGCUGCUCCAAAGGACAGGUACAAAUGGGCCAUCUGCCCACAAAUGUUCUCUUGAACUUAACUGCUGCAUCUUCCUUAUGGCUGCUCCGAGGACAGCACCUCCAGGAUGCUGGCCUUACUUGUGAAUGUCUCCUGCGUCUUACCUGAGAGGAGUCACCCCAAUUUCCAGAAACAGUUGCCAAGAAUAAAGAAGGAAAAUGAUAAGACAGAUGAAUGGUAGGGCUUUUACUAAAGAGAAAGCAUUGCUGUCCUCCUCUGCAGUCAGGGCUUUGGGGACGGGGCUUCACAAAACUCUGUGGUCAGCCUGGAGGGGAAAUGGUUAACCUAAGCUUGUCUUUCGCCUUGAGAUCUUUAGAGCCACCCGCCCAGCAAUCCAUUCCCUCCCUAGAAAAGCUGUCAUGGAGUCAUUUGCAGCUGCAUAGUAGUUAUUAAAGGGUGUUAACCAAGCCGUCUUAUUUUGAAAGCUGGACUUUAGGAUUGCUGGUUAGGAAGAGCCCUGUUUGAGAAGCUGAACAUGGCAAAUGUAAGUGGCAGGAGACCUUGACUAUCUUCUUCCUCUUUGGUCAAUUUUGCGGCAUUAUGACCUACAGGAUUCCUGACCGUUUACCGAGAAUGUGUUUAAGCAUGUUUAAGCAAGCUCAAAACUCUUCCUGGGGAUCAAGGCAGAAACCUCGGGCUGAGUAAGAAACAUCGUUCCCUGGGGGACACCAUCUGACGGGCAGUUGUCUCCACACCAGCUUCCCAUAACGACUGAAAAUGGUCUUUGUCAUUAGAAAUCAUAGAGGGGUUUGGGUAUUCAGAUUGUGCAGAUGUCUCGAUGCAAACUUGGAAUGCCAGAACAGCUUUUGAAAUGCAUGUUUUAAGAUGGAACCGAUGUUUUUAUAAUUUGAUUUUGGUGCUAAAUAAAUGACCCACUUAGCACAUGAA